AUGAUUAUCAAGACACAGUUACUUUUGAGAUUUAUGAUCAAAUAUACCAAAACUCACUAGAUGCAGAAGAUAUUAAAAAUUAAAAAUUUAUUGUUGGUGGAUUUAAAAUUAGAUAAACUUAUCAAGAACAAAGGUUACAAUAGAAUUUUACUUCGUCGUAAUCAUUUAAUGAUACUAGAAUAAACUAAAUUAACUCUUACUUUGACGAAGAACUAUUUACCAGAGGAUCUCAAGAAAAUCAAAGAUGACAUCCAGUUAAUUCAAGAAAAGAUGAAAGAGAAGCAAAAUCUUUUGAAAAAAUAAAUGAAAAUUGCUUAGCAAUCUGAUGUUAUGAAGUGUGCUUACUAUAUAAAAUGCAAAUUACUGAGAGAUAGAUAAGAUAAAAUAUUUGUAAGAGCUAUUGGUUAAGCAAAAGAAACUAUGCUCUUAGUAAUAGAAUAAUUCGAAAGGGAAUGCAAAUUAUAAGAUUACGAAUUAAUUAAAGAUGUAUUCUAGCUUGAACUUUAGGGUAGAGUUAUUUAUUAAGUCAUUCUUGAAAUUCAAGAUGAAAAGAAUAAAAGAUUUCGUGAUAAGAAAUGGAUGAGUUAAUUAUUCAAUUUUGCUGAUGAGAAAAAUUCACUUACUUCUAAAACCAAUAAUUUAAAUAAUAACUUUGCUCUAGAUUUUACUAAAUCUAAAAAUUAAUUCUCACUUCAGAAGCCAAUAGACUUUUAUUAGCUAACAGAUUCAUAGAAAUAUUAAUCACCUUUGACUAAAAAUAUAAUUGAUGACGAUACAUUCUUUGAUGAAAAUGAUGAACUAUAUAUUGAAGAAUAGAGGUUAAUAGAAGAAUAAAUAAGGUUAACAAAAUAACAGUGCUAAAUUGAUUAUUUAAGUAGCAGCAAUAGAUCAUUAAAUUCGAUGAUUGAUAAUUUGUCACUUGAGAGAAGUCUCAUACCUUUGAAUUUCAACGAAACAAGAAGUAAUAUUUCCAUUUAAGCACAAAGCAAAAAAAUCUAUUAAAAGUAAUCAACUGAUAUUUGGAUAGAAUAAUCUAUAGAGUCUUCUGACGUUGAAAAUAUUAUUUUGGGAAAUAAACUAUUAGAUGAAAACUAGAUAAGAUUUAUUAUCUCUGAUCAUUCUGGUAAAGUCAAAUUUGAUGAAGGUGUCAAGGAAUAUUUAAAAAAAUAUCCAAAUGAUUUUUAGACUCCAGAGACAGAAGAACAAUUAAAUAACAAUAAAUAUAAAAUGGGAAAUGGGCAGGUUGUAGUUGUUAAGACCAUAAAAUUUAGAGAAAAAUAACAUGAUUGA